CCUUCGGAAUCAUUCCCUUCUUUCCCUGAUUGGUUCUUCCGAUACCGUGAGCCUUCCGGGGGAAUAUUAUGUCAAAGGAAUGUAGAUCCUUUACACAGACAGAAGGCUCCAGCCAGUUCCCAUAAUUAUUAUCAUAUCAUUACAAUUAAGGGUUUAUUAUUUAGGGCUUUUAGCUAUUCCUAGUGGCGACCACCAUUGAUCAGAGCGACCUCGUCUAAGAUGUUUAUCGCAAUGUGUCGAUCCACAACAUGAAAUCCGUUCGGACUUUGCCUAUCGGAAAACAAGACGUUGUCAAGAUCGAUUUCCGAUGUCCCAGGAAGAAAGACUAGACGCCACAGACGAUUUCCCGACAAACAAAGAAGGGGAGUUGACCAAGACGCUUUUAUUCGCCACCUUGCUCUCUACCUUUGGCUCGUCGUUGCAAUAUGGUUACAACAUCUCUGUCAUCUACUUCCCAGCGAAGUUCAUGAAAAGCUUUUACAAUGAGACCUAUCGGGAGCGGAACAACAUCAACAUGGACCAAGAGAUCCUCAGCUUCUUAUGGGGGCUGACCGUCUCGUUCUUCCCGGCCGGAGCCAUUUGUGGGUCUUUGCUGGUGGGUCCAUUGGUGGACAAUUGCGGAAGGAAAGGCACCUUGUUGGCCAAUGAUGCGUUGGUCAUCCUUUCCGCAGUCCUCUUGGGUUCUUCCAGAGCAAUCCAUUCCUAUGAACUCAUCAUCGUCGGGCGCUUGAUCAUUGGAGGAUGUGUAGGCGUCGCCUACAGUGUCGUCCCUAUGUACGUCAUGGAGUUGGCCCCACCGAACCUGCGGUGCGUCCUCGGCAUGAUGCCCCAUCUCUUCAUCACCUUCGGCAGCUUGUUGGCCUGUCUGCUUGGCCUUCACAACAACUUAGGGACUGAAGAAGGUUGGCCGAUCCUUCUGGGCCUCAUUGCGUUCCCGGCAUUGUUUCAGAUGAUCCUGCUGCCUUUCUUUCCCGAAAGUCCCAGAUACCUCCUGAUUCAGAAGGGGAACGAGGAGGAAGCAAGACAAGCGUUACAGAAACUGCGAGGCUGGGAGGACGUGGAGGAUGAGAUGGAAGAGCUUCACCUGGAGGACGCCACCGAAGCGGCAGAGAAGAACAUGGACGUCUACAAGAUCAUGGAGGCUGAUGGCCUACGUUGGCACCUCACUACCAUUGUCAUCUUGAUGGGUGGCCAGCAACUCUCUGGCAUCAAUGCAGCACAACAUUACUCCGAACAAAUCUAUUUUUCGCUGGGCUUCGGAGAAGAAAAUAGCCCAUAUGUCAGCUUGUUAUUGACUGGGACACUCAUGUUCAUCAUUAUAAUGGCGAUGUGCAUUGUGGAGACGAUAGGGCCACGAAAUCUCCUCCUUAUGGGUUUCGGGAUCUGUAGCGUUGCUUCCAUCUUCUUAGCCAUGUCCAUUGAGCUCCAGAAGACUAUCCCAUGGAUGGAUGAGCUGAGCGCUGCUUUCCUGACUCUCUUCUUACUUGGGCAAUCCGUCGGCCCCGACCCCGUAACCAAUGUCCUCGUAUCGGAAUUGUUCCUUCAGUCAUCUCGAUCCACAGCCUUUGUGAUUACGGGAACCCUCCAUUGGACGUGCAAAUUACUGUUUACAUUAGUCUACCUGCAUGUAGAGAACCACGUCGAGCCCUACAGCUUCAUCGUCUGUUGGCCUGUGUGUAUUGCUAGCUUCGUCUUUCUGAACAGGAGGAUUCCAGACAUAAGGAACAAGACCUUUCUGGACAUUCAGCGCAUAGUGGCACUCCACAUGGCUCGGAGGAUCCUGAUGAAGUCCUUAGUUGUGCCGAAUUAUUAAACAAAAAACCCUUGCUAGAUGGGCA